AUGUGGGGGUUGAUGUUGGGGGAGUGUGGUUUGUGUAGGGAGAGGGGUUGGUUUGAUUUGGUGAGGGGAUUGGUGGUUGGUGAUUUGGGGUUAUUUGUGAUGGUGGUUGUGGUGUGGUGUGUUUGUGUGGGAUGGAAUGGUGUAGAUUUGUGGGUUGUAGGGGGAGUAGUAUUGGGUGGUUUAGGGGGGGGGGAGGGGAUGAGGGGGGGGGUUAGUUUUUAUGGGUUGUGGAAUGUUGGGUGUGUGGUUUUUGUGUGUGUUUGUGUUUUUUUGUUAUUUUGUAUUGGUUUGUGUUGUUUGUGUUUGGGUUUGGGGUUGGGGGGUUUUGUGUGGGUGUGUGUUGGGUGGUGGUUUUGUGGGGUGGUGUGUUUGGGGGGUGGGGUGUUUGUAGUUGUUUUGUUUUGGUUUUUUUGGGGGUUGGGUUUUUUGUUUGGGGUGUUGUAUGGGUUUUUUGUUGGGGGUGGGUGGUUUGUAUGGGGGGGGUGUUUGGGUGUGUUGUUGGUGUUGUGGGUGGUUGUGUGUGGUUGGUGGGGGGGUGUGGUGGGUUGGGUUGUUUGGUUGUGUGGUGGUUUUUUGGUGGGUGGUGGUUGGGUUGGGUUGAUGUGGGGUUGUGUGUGGGGGUUGUUUUUGUUUUGGGGUGUUGGGGUGUGUUUGUUUGGGUGGGGGGGUGUGGGGGGGUGUGUGUUGUGUUGUUGGUUUGGUGGGUGUGGGUGUGUGGGGGGGGGUUGGGGGGGGUGGUUAGUUUUGGAUUGUGUGGGUUUGUUAUUGGGUUUUUGUGUGUUGUGUUGUUUGGGUUUUGGUGGUUUUGUGUUUGGUUUUGUUGGUGUUGUGUGGGUGUGUUUGUUGGUUGUUGUGUGUUGGUUUGUUUUUUGGUGUGUGGGGUUUGUGGGGUGGUGGUGGGGGGGUAGGUGUGUGUUUGGUGGUGGGAGGGGUUUUUGUGGGGGGUGGGGGUGUAUUUUUGAGGGUGUUGGGUGUUGCGGGUGGUUGGGGGGGUGGGGGGGGGUGGGGGGUGGGGGGGGGGGUUGGGGGUGUGGGUGGGGGUGGGUUGGGGGGGGGUGUAGUGGUGUGUUAGGGGGUAUUGUAUUUUGUUUGGUGGGGGUGGGGGGGUUUUGUUUGGUUGUGUGGUGGGUUUUUUAUGUUUUGUGUAUGGGGGGGGGGGGGAUUUGGGAUGUGGGGGUGGGGAUGGGUUGA